CUCUGCACUUUACCCUGUUUUAAUAUCUUAAUGGGGAACUGCAAGGGGGGUUGGUGUGAGCAAUUAUUAGACCAGGAACGAAGGCCCCAAGAAUAAUUAAAAACCUCUGAUUUAGAUUGUAAGCUCUUGUGCGCAAUGAUCUCAUAUUUUAAAUACGUUUGAUCUGUGUAGUUUCUUAUGCUGAUCAUUAGAAAUAGUCCAUAAUAUUUGGCUUAUUUGCGUUUAUAGCCGCACGUUAGCGUCUGCCUGAGGUUUUACAGACAGUAACAAUCGUUAUCUCUAAGUCUAGCGCCUGUUUUAUGCGCCCAGUCAGUCGCACUCAUAUCCCUUUAUUUCCAUUCACCUCACGUUGCCCAAUUCUCCCCCACCUCUCUAGUCUAAGAUCUGGGUUGCCGCAGCCCGGGAAGGGGUUAAUCCGCUGGAACAGGUGAACGGUGGGCGGUUCCUCGUAUGCUAAUAGUGGAGUGACGUCACCAGCGGGGAGCAGUUGGGAGUUCGAAAGCAGAGAUCGAGGCCGGGAGUCGGGAGAGAGAAGAGGAGACUGUGCGUGGGGCGCGAAGCAACAGAUACCGGGAAACGCGACUUGGUUGCUCGUUCUACUGCUGAGACGCGAGGAAAACGCAAGGGAACGCGCCAGAGUAGGGGGAUUGGGGUAAAUGGUGAUCGGAGCCGGCAGGAUGCAGCGUAUUUGGGCUUUUCUCUUGGUGCUGCUGUUCUCAGUUUUGCAGGCACAACAGAUUACAGUCAAUGAGAAGGUGACCGGUACCCUGGGGCAGCAAGUCACCCUUCCCUGCACAUUUACCAGCAAUGGUGUUGACAUGCAAGUGACUCAGAUAAUGUGGAUAAAAGAUAGUAUCAACAUUGCUACCUACAGCCCCCAGUUUGGCAUACACAUACAGAACACGAAUGAUUUUAAUCUCACUGCCAACCCGAGCAGCGCAACGCUCCUUAUAAAGUCGCUGCGGGCUUCUGAUGAGGGCAACUAUAUCUGUGAGGUCACCACCUUCCCAGGCGGCAACCGUAGGGACACUACAUAUCUCAGUGUGAAAGCUGAUCCAAAAAACUCUGCGGAAGCUAUUCCUGUAGUUGCCGGCGACAUAGAGGUUCCGGUAGCAAAAUGUGCAUCGGUCAAUGGCAGACCCCCUUCCCAGAUCACUUGGAGGUCGACACUCCCUGGCAAUUUUGCUACGACUAUAAAUAACAACACUGAUGGUACAUACACGGUGGUGAGCAUUUACAAGCUCGUCCCAACCUGGACUGCUGAUAAGCAAGAGGUCACCUGCGUUAUAUCCUACGAUUCUAAAGAGUCGCCAAUUCCCGUCACUCUGUCUGUACAAUACAGCCCAAUUGUUGCCAUCGAAGGAUACGAUAACAAUUGGUACCUGAAACGUACUGGGGCCUCUCUUACCUGCAGCGCACAUGGGAACCCCCAACCUACUUCAUACACCUGGAAAACGGCUGAUGGCUCGCCGCUCCCAAACUCGGUGAAAGCCAGAGAUAAUGUGCUGUAUGUGGAAGAAGUGGAUGAGCGAGUGAAUACGACAAUAGUUUGCGAGGUGACCAAUGCCCUAGGGAGCCGAGCAUCACAACAGGAGGUGCUAGUGAGAGACCGUGCGCUCGAGACGCAGACAAACAACGCAGGAGCCAUUGCCGGGGGUGUCAUUGGGGGGGUCCUGGUCCUGCUUCUUCUGGCUGCUGUCAUCUUCAUCCUCAUUCGGAGGGGAGGGGUGCACAAGAAAGAACGGGCAUCUUACAACCCAAAGACCAGAAUCUUCGGCAGCGGGAAACCCUCCCAGGAAUUAACCUACCAGGAUGACUCUGAGAUGGGUAAACCUCUUAAAGCCUCUGGUCCCCUGAGAGACAGUGGGUUGAGCCCCUCGUUGGCAGAGGAGGAUGACUCCGAAGAGAGGAUGAAGUACAAUGUUCUGGAGGAUGAUGACGAAGAAGAGAAAUUCAACGAGGUGGGGCCCAUGCUGCAACUUAGACCUCACCAUGAUGCCUACUUGGACGAUGACAUGGAGUCUCAGAAUGAUGGCUCUAUCAUCUCCAGGACUGCAGUGUAUGUGUAAUGCUCCACUAUGGUUAUGUCUUUCCGCCACUAAGCUCACGUUGACUCCAGGGCCUGUGGCAUUCCAAACACAUGGACUGCAGUGUAUCCAUCCACCCUCAUCUCAACAAUAAUCCGGAUUGCUGGUGUAGAUGUACAAAAUGUUCCCAUCCACCCACCAUAUGGACUUCGUUGUGUAUCCUCACCACCCAUAUAUCUCCACGCUCCUGCAGUGUGUCACUACCUUGCAUCUCAUAGACACGGCCUUCACGAUCCUAUUUCUAAUGGACACCGCAAAAACAAAUGUGCUCUUUCUUAAUUCACCAGGAGUGCUAUGUUCUUAUAAUACCCAUUCCCAACACUGCAAUGUUCCUCCCUUCCCACCCCCAAACCACUUGGACUUUACAAGGGCAGAAUAUGAACAGACUCUUACCUGUGUCACUGUGCAUCUCAGGGUCCUAUUGAUGACUGGGGACUAAAGAACGAGUGGCCGUGCUCCACUUACAGGGGAAGGGUUUUUUUAAUCAUCAGGAAAUGGAUGCCAUUUUUAUUUUCUCUGGACUACAAAGUGAGUGUGCCUCGGGGGUAAAAACACAAAGGAGGG